UUCGCCUAUCGAUCAAAAGGCUUGGCAUGGCGUAAACACACCCACCAAAAACCAGCUUUUCAUCAUCGCGUGAGUGACUAAACGUGUUUCUUUGAACCACAAAGUGGAUUAACCUGCGAACAUGGCCAGAGGACAAGGCAUAAAUCAGGAGCUCUCAGAUGUGUUGAAUGAACUGUGGAAGCUGGAUGUGAACCGCAUGAAAGCUGGAAAAGACUAUAAAAUCAACCUACAGGGGAAGGCUGGUUUUGUUGCUGAAGGCAGUAAUAGUGCCAGGGAUAGCGCUAGAGCUCCUCUUUUCUCAUAUGUCGAUGAAAAGAAGCUCAAAAGCGUGGAUACUUAUGCUCACUUCAUAGAUCUGUUGGACAAUUAUGAAAUGUCUACAGGAGUGACUGAGCAUGUGACAAAAGAGGAGCUUCAGGAAAAUCAUCUUUUCCUGGAUGCUAUUCUCAAGACAGAGGUCAUGAAGUGUGCCCACAGGUAUUUAGUGCGGAAAGGUCUAGCCCAGUCUGAUCCAUCUAAGUUUAAGAGCCAGCUCUAUGACAUCUGGUUUAAGCUCUAUCGCAGGGACAAAAAUGGAGGUGAAGAUUCCUGUGGAUUUGAGCAUGUUUUUGUUGGUGAAACCAAACAAGGUAAAGAGAUCAUGGGCCUCCACAACUGGGUCCAGUUUUACCACCAGGAGAAAAACAAUCAUGUGGACUACAAAGGAUACAAGGCCAGAAGUAACAAGGACACGCCGGACGAGGAUGAUCACGUCUUGAACCUGCAGUUCAGCUGGAAUGGCCUGGUGAAGCCGGUGGCCAGUUGUUUCAUUGGCGUCAGCCCAGAGUUCGAGGUGGCUCUCUUUACUAUUGUCUUCUUUCUGUCUAAUGAGCGUGUGACCAAGGUUACAGUGAAGGUGGAUGAGUACCUCCUUGAGAUUGUGGUGUACAGAUUUGGGCGCUCCAUUGGGACUUCAUAUCCCAAAAUGAUCAGCAGCAACAACCGGGAUUUUUAGAUCUUACUGCAAGGUCAAACCUAGCACGAUUUAAAAAAAAAAAAAAAAGCUAGGACAGAGUGGGCUUGAUAACCUAAAUAAUCAAUUUACAGCUUGAACUACUAGUGGGAAAUAUAUGUGACCAAUGUUUUAAAACUCUGUCAGAUUACAAAUGAUCAGUCCAUUUUGUAAUGAAUCUAGUUCGUACUGCUAUAAAAUUCUGCAUAAUGAUACAGUUAUGUGCCAAAUAAUUGAAACUCGUCUUUUUGUGGCCAGGCC